UAUCCCCCCGGAAGCUAAAAAUCAUGUGUAAUGAACACAAAGAUGAGUGUGUCAAAUUCCUGUGCAAAGACUGCAAGAAACUCACCUGCCAAACCUGUUGUAUUAUCUAUCACAGAAAAUGUGAGUCAGUUGUCACACUUGAGUCGGAAUUGCCUGCUUUAAAAUCCAAGCUGCUGAAUGACAAGGAAACCUACGACAGAAACAAAUUCUUAUUGAAAAGAAGCUCGAUACAGUUAAAUCGAAUGUCAUGACUGAGAAAGAUCGAUAUGUCCAAAUGGAAUCGAAGAUCAAGUCCUCCGGAAGAAAGGCGAGGGAAACAAUCACUCUCAAGGAAAAUGAAGACACGUCUAUGGCAACGUCCCAGAAACUGGAGGAACAUUUCCUCACAUGCACCAUAUGCACCGAGGUGUUUGACAAUCCGUGCACACUUGUGUGUUAUCACACAUUCUGUCGGAAAUGUGUCGUCGACUACACCAAAACCAAACCCGAAGCCAUCAGUGCCAAGUCUCUUCUGUGUCCAUUCUGCAGCAAGAUGACGAAAGUGUGUGAUCCUGACAGACCAGUGGAGGAAUGGGCGGAUGAUGUCAAGCCAAGCUUUGUCAUCCAGGGACUGUUGGACUCCUUUGGUCCUGGAUCUAAAGAUCCAACAAACUGCACCUGGUGUCAUGCAGAAGGGGAGACAACUCCUGCAUCUGUAUGGUGCUCGGUGUGUGACGAAUCCAUGUGUGACCGGUGUGCUAGAAUACACAAACGUCUGCCAUCCACUCGUCACCAUGACGUAAUUGAUCUUUCUGGAGAGAUGAAUAUCCCCCGGAAGCUAAAAAUCAUGUGUAAUAACCACAAGGAUGAAUGCGUCAAAUUCCUGUGUAAAGAUUGCAAGAAACUCACCUGCCAAACCUGUUGUAUUAUCUAUCACAGAAAAUGUGAGUCAGUUGUCACACUAGAGUCGGAAUUGCCUGCUUUAAAAUCCAAGCUGCUGAAUGAGAAGGAAAACCUACGACAGAAACAAAUCCUGAUUGAAAAGAAAGUCGAUACAGUUAAAUCGAAUGUCAUCACUGAGAAAGAUCGAUAUGUCCAAAUGGAAUCGAAGAUCAAGUCUUCCGGAAGAAAGGCAAGGGAAACAAUCACUCUUAAGGAAAAUAAACUUUUAGAUGAACUGAAAGAAAUCUCAGAAAGGCAUAUUGAACAGUUGAACGCCGACAUUAAGUCAGGGGAGAUAUCAGUACAGAUGUACCGACAACAGGCUGAGCUGAUUGACCAGACUCUACAAUCUGAGUGUGACAUGGAUGUGUAUGAGAUGUAUCAGGGAUGUGAUGCUGGUGAUGUGGAGGAUGUCGGACACACAGACUUGAAGGAGAAGGGAAGAAUAGCCAGGAUCACGUUCAGACAGGACUCGGACAAGCUGAGUAGAGCAGUGGACGAUCUACAGCUGGGUGAGAUAGACGUUCUGUAUGAGGGUGUGUUGGACCUGGCAGCUACACCUGUGUUACGAGACACGAUGGACGUCACUGUAGCAGGAGAUCAACAUGAUGCAAGGCCUCUUGACGUGACAGCGCUAGUGAUACAUGGUACAUAUACAGUUGUAACCACAGAUAAAAGGAACAUGAGUGUAAAGUCUUUCUAUACCAGAGAUAAUCAGUUAUGCCAUAGCAAGCUCAGACUGGAUAGUCAACCGUGGGGUCUGACAAAGUUACAACACAAUCAAGUGGCUGUCACCGUUCAGAAUAAAACAAUCAUAUCGGUUGAAGUCAACCCUGAGCUGGUGCUGCUGUCAACCAUCACAACAAACAAACAGUACUUUGGUAUAACAUCCCUGACCCCAUCAACAUUCGCAGCAGGUUCCCUGUCUCCUCCGUGUGUGGAUAUUCUGGACAUGACAGGAAACGUGCUGAGGUCAGUCAGCCCACUCUCUAGUGGAACGAAGAUCCUGAAUAGUCCUUACUUUCUCUGCACCUCAAGAACAGGAAACAUUCUUGUGUCCGACUGGUGUACUUACUGUGUCUUGUGCCUGACACCUGAAGGGAACGUUGUGUUCACCUACCCCCCGACAGGACACACAACACAGGUGCAUCCUCUGGGCAUCACAAGUACCAACACAGGUGACAUUCUGGUUGCUUUCAACUCUCAGAAUAAUGUGGUUCAUCUGACUGAGUCAGGCCAGUUUGUUAGGAACUUACUUACAGCAGGUGACGGUGUCGAUCAUCCGCACGGUGUUUGUGCAGAUGGACGUGACCAUGUGUAUGUUUGUAAUUUCUACUCAGGUAACAUCAAAGUAUUCAAGUAAAGCGACACAGAACAGAUAACUGGUUCAGACAAAAAACAUAUUCCACCUGUAAAUGUGGUAAUUAACAAACAACAAUCUUUGACAGAUGCACAUGGACCAUAAUUGAUUUGUAGACAUCUACACAUACUCUACUUUAACACAGGCUGUUCCGAGCCAGUACAGUUUCUUCUCUGCUUGCCAACAAACUUACCAUCACAAGUACGCAGCCAACAAUCAAAGAUUAAGUUAUUAACUACUGAUAUUAUUUUCUAGACGUCUCCACUUUCUGGCACUGAAAUUAAUUUUGAAAAUAUCAGCAUAACUGCAAAUGUAUGUUUGAACACAGAAACAUACUACUACAUUCUAUCAUAUUAAUGGACGCAUAUCAACAUUAAUAGAUUGGUUUAAUGUCUUGAUUUUAGUGUACUCUGUUGUCAUGUGUUAAAUGAGCGUUUUAUGAGUGCGUCAUUCCACACAUACGGAACUGAAUAUCUUUGUGUACAUUUGGCUUUCCGAAUACGUAUUUGUACAUUUGGCUUAGAAACAAUAUCAUUAGAAUACAGUUAGCAUCAAGAUGUGAUCCAAAUGAGAUGUGUUAAAAAUCACACGCCAGACAACAAUAAACACCAAUGUUGAGUCUUCA